GGCGAGAGCGGCAAGAGCACCUUCAUCAAGCAGAUGCGCAUCAUCCACGGCGCCGGCUACUCGGAGGAGGACAAGCGGGGCUUCACCAAGCUGGUCUACCAGAACAUCUUCACCGCCAUGCAGGCCAUGAUCCGCGCCAUGGAGACGCUGAAGAUCCUGUACAAGUACGAGCAGAACAAGGCCAACGCACUCCUGAUCCGGGAGGUGGACGUGGAGAAGGUGACGACGUUUGAGCACCAGUACGUCAACGCCAUCAAGACCCUGUGGAACGACCCCGGCAUCCAGGAGUGCUACGACCGGCGGCGGGAGUACCAGCUCUCGGACUCCGCCAAGUACUACCUGACGGACGUGGACCGCAUCGCCACCUCGGGCUACCUGCCCAGCCAGCAGGACGUGCUGCGGGUGCGCGUGCCCACCACGGGCAUCAUCGAGUACCCUUUCGACCUGGAGAACAUCAUCUUCAGGAUGGUGGAUGUUGGGGGCCAGAGGUCGGAGCGGAGGAAGUGGAUCCACUGCUUCGAGAACGUGACGUCCAUCAUGUUUCUCGUGGCCCUCAGCGAAUACGACCAAGUCCUCGUGGAGUCGGACAAUGAGAACCGCAUGGAGGAGAGCAAGGCGCUGUUCCGGACCAUCAUCACCUACCCGUGGUUCCAGAACUCCUCCGUCAUCCUCUUCCUCAACAAGAAGGACCUGCUGGAGGACAAGAUCCUCCACUCGCACCUGGUGGACUACUUCCCCGAGUUCGACGGGCCCCAGCGGGACGCGCAGGCUGCCCGGGAGUUCAUCCUGAAGAUGUUCGUGGACCUGAACCCCGACAGCGACAAGAUCAUCUACUCCCACUUCACCUGCGCCACUGACACGGAGAACAUCCGCUUCGUGUUCGCGGCCGUGAAGGACACCAUCCUGCAGCUGAACUUGAAGGAGUACAACCUGGUCUGACCCGGGCGCGUGCGGCGACCCCUCUGCCGGCAGCCGCCCCUCCUGCGCCGCCCGCCCCAAGCCGGGCGCUGCCCACAGGAGGGGUGUUUUCUGGGUUUUCUUGUUUUUUUUUUUUUUCAUAUUUUUAACAACUGGUUUUUAUUUCACAGUAUCAGGGGACGGACGUCUUUCUUUCUACGCACCUCGCGCACCUUCGCACCUUUCCUCGGCGGCAAAGGCACCUUUUUCUGGCCAUGACUCGUGGCUCGCUUUUU